AUGGCCGACGCGGACGUGGAGAAGCGCAGCACCAAGGAGUCGGUCGUCGGCGUCAUCAGCAACUCGUCAGCGACCGCCGUCAAUGACGUCCCCUCCCGCACGCCCUCCGUCGCCGACACCGACGCCUUUCCCGAUGGUGGUGCUGCGGCAUGGCUCACCGUCCUCGGCGCGUUCCUCGCGCUCUUCUGCUCGUUUGGGCAGCUCAACUCGUUCGGCACGUUCCAAACGUGGUAUGCCGAGCACCAAUUAAGCCACCUCCCGCCGUCCACGAUCGCGUGGAUCGGUUCCCUGCAGCUAUGGGUGUUCUUCUUUUCGGGUGGCUUCGUCGGACGGUUAUUUGACGCGCACGGGCCUCGGGUCAUCCUGAUCUUCGGGACCCUGAUACUCGUGUUCGGCACGAUGAUGACUAGCAUAUCCACCCACUACUAUCAAUAUAUCCUCUCCCAGGGAGUACUGGUAGCUAUCGGUAUCGGGACUGUAUUCUACCCGAGCCUGGCCGCGAUAUCCACACAUUUCAAGAAGUACCGAAGUACCGCGCUCGGGAUCGCAGUGGCCGGCUCCGGAGUCGGUGGUGUGGUGUACCCGAUUAUGUACCAGCAGCUCUUCAACCGCGUCGGCUUCGCGUGGACUGUCCGGAUAUCUGGAUUUAUUUCUCUCGCAUUAUGCGGCGUCGCGAUCGCAACUAUUACGAGCCGGUUGUCGAAGCCCCAGGACAACGUGCCAUGGUUCGAUUCCAAGGUCUUCCACGACGCGCCCUUCCGGCUCGUCAUUGCGGGGAGUGUCUUCAUCUCAUUCGGUGUUUUCAUCCCCUUCUUCUACAUCGUCGACUAUUCUACGGACCACGGUAUCUCGCACGAGACCGCGUUCUACGUGCUAUCAGUCAUGAACGCAGGCGGGAUCCUCGGCCGUCUCGCGCCCGCGUUCCUUGCGGACAGGUUAGGGCGGUUCAACGUGGUCGUCCCCUGCACAAUCGUCGCGGGGAUCUCUACGCUGGUUCUAUGGACGUUCGCGCACUCGCUCGCCGCGAUCAUGCUCUUCGCGGUCAUAUACGGAUUCUUCUCUGGGGCGUUCAACGCGCUCGUCAUCCCCUGCGUCGUCCAGAUCUCGGACGUGCGCGAGUACGGGACGCGUAUCGGCGUGCUGUACAGCAUCGUCUCCUUCCCGGCGCUGUGCGGAGGUCCCGUCGCCGGGGCGAUGCUCAAGGCCGAGGGCGGCUCGUACGUCGGCAUGACCAUGCUUGCGGGCACGAGCGUGAUCGCGGGCGCGCUAUUCCUGCUCUGGGCGCGGUUUUCGCUCAGUCCGCGGUUCUGCGACCGCGUGUAGCCUGUCGCCGUUCUGUUCGUGCGUCCGCACCGCCUCCGUUCCUCGCUCCCCGCCGGCCACUCGUCGAUUUGUUCUCCGUCGCUUUGUUCCAUCAUCGCUCCCAUGCAUCUUUAAAGUCUCCGGAUUCGACAACAUUCGUCCGUUCGUUCACUCACGCAUUAUAACUCGGUAUCAUACAUUAUCCAGUGUACUCACUCCCCCGCGCACCGACUCGGAUUAUAACUCACGUUCCCUGUAUAUACCCCCGCCCUGUAUCUUUAUGUGUAACUUACAUAGCACUUCACCUGGGCCCUCUCUCCAACUCCCC